AUGAACGCGGCCGGCUUCCCCUGCCUGCGAGGCAUGUGCACGCUGCCGGCGCCCAGCCCCGCCGCCGCGGCCAGCCCCGGCUCCCCCGGGCCGCCCCGGGGUCCGCCCGCCGGCCAGGCGCCGCCGGUGAAGCCGGAGCCGCGGGGCGGUGGGGGCAGCCCUCCCCCCCCGCCGCCGCCGCCUCCCGAGGAACCGCCGACCCCCGCCGGGGGCCGCCGGAGGAAGCGGCCGGUGCAGCGGGGCAAACCCCCCUACUCCUACAUCGCCCUCAUCGCCAUGGCCAUCGCCAACGCCGCCGAGAGGAAGCUCACCUUGGGGGGCAUCUACAAGUUCAUCACUGAGCGCUUCCCCUUCUACCGGGAGAACCCCAAGAAGUGGCAGAACAGCAUCCGCCACAACCUCACCCUCAACGACUGCUUCGUCAAUCCCCGGGAACCCGGCCAUCCCGGCAAGGGCAACUACUGGACGCUGGACCCGGCCGCAGAGGACAUGUUCGACAAUGGGAGCUUCCUGCGCCGGAGGAAGCGCUUCAAGCGCACCGACAUCACCACCUACCCUGGCUACAUGCAAAACUCCAGCGCCUUCACGGCCCCACCCGCCGGCCGCCCCACAGCACCUACAGCACCCUACCCCAAUGCCCUCUGCUCACCUGGCUACGGCCCCCAGCUCUCCAGCACCGUCUUCCACCCCUACACGGCCGGGGCAGCACCGCCGGCACAGCAUCCCAGGAUGUUCAGCAUCGACAGCCUCAUCAGCGGGCAGCAGGCCCUGCAGCCCUCGCCGCCCGCAGAGCUGGGCCACCCAUCGCUGGGCUUGCCCGGGGCCGAGCUGGCUCCUGCCUGCUCAGCUGGCAGCUCCGAGCCUCCUUGCUUCCAGGCGCAGCCUGUCAGCCCCGGCUUGUUGGGCCGGGCUGGCCCCAACACCCUGGCUUACCCCUACGCCGCCUCGCCCCCCCACCUGCCCGUGGCACAGGGCAGCUACUCACCUGGCAGCCCGCAGCUCUACGGGGCUCCCAACAGACUGGCCCUGCCGGCCAUGCGGCCCCCCGCCUGCGCCGAGCACGGCGAGCAGCUCCUGGGCCUCUCCACGUCGCCCCUCGGCCAGUUUGGCUCCAGCAACGCCUACAUGAGGCAGCCCAAUUUCCCCGCCGGUCUGGAGCGGUACAUGUGAUGGGGUUGAGGGGGGCUUGGCUGGAUAUCCCCAGGCUCCCACGAGCAUCUCUGGACA